AACACAACAAACCCAGCAGUCCCAAAUUCUGCAGAAUCGCAAGAAUGUCACUGACAUACAAAUCUUUCCGCUUUCUCUCUCUCUUUCUCCCUCUCCUCUUCGUCUUCCCUCAGUCCACGUUCUCAUCAUCCAACUCCAUCCAGAACCUCCUCCAAAGCCAGGGCUUGCCCGGAGGGCUCUUCCCGCACGAUGUCAAGUCGUUCACGCUCUACCCAGAUGGCCUCCUCGAAGUCAUCUUGGACCGCCCGUGCCUGGCCAAGUUCGACACCAGAGUCUACUUCGACAGCGUCGUGAGAGCCAACCUCACUUACGGUAAGCUUAUGGGGAUGGAGGGUCUGUCUCAGAAAGAGCUGUUCCUGUGGCUUCCGGUGAAGGAUAUUAUAGUGGACGAUCCAUCUUCUGGUGUCAUAGUGUUUGAUAUUGGGGUUGCUUAUAAGCAGCUCUCUCUUUCUCUAUUUGAAGAUCCUCCUGUGUGUAACCCUUCAGAUUUGGAGGUUCUACAGCCAAAGAUUGGGAGGAAGGAAAUUGGAUUUGAAGCUCUGAGAUGAAAGUCAGUUCCAGUUUUGUUUCUCGGAGAAUUUACAGUUCGUACAGCAUCUUUUGGGAGUUUUGGGUGUUUGCUUUCACUCUUUUGUUUUUUUGCCCCUUUCCCUUAAGGUUUGCUUGUAAAAAUCCACAAGGAAAUGAAGUUCAUAAAUUAGAUAGACGAAAAUUGCAGACAGAGCUAGACAAAUUGUAUGUGGGGGAUGAGUUUAUGAAUCGAAGUAGAUGAAGCCCUGAAGCUAUUUGGAAGAACAGAGUUCAGAUCAUUACC